AUGGUCAACCUCAAGGAUGCCUGUUUCCAAAUACCAAUCUGGGAAGGGGUGGCACCCCUCUUGGACAGGAGGCCAUGGGAACUCCUGGUUUGCUGGGACCUCCUGAGUCACGUGCAGGUGGCCCUGUUCCAUCCCUUUCUACAGGGGCUCAAAAUCUGGGGUGAACUGAGUGGACGCACUGACAUGUACAGCUCCGGAGGUGCUCCAAUGUCUGCAGGAGCUACUGGAGCAUUCCCUCCCAAGGUACUCUUCAACUUUCACAUGCAUCAAUCAGUGGAGUUGCGAUACCUCUGCCUCGCCCAGGAAUGGGGUGAGGAAGACCAAGAAGGGUCAUGGCUGUCUCAUUGGGUCAUGGAAACAAUCCAGCAGGCGCACAAGGUGACUGGUGCUCUGGCACCAGGGGGAAUGAGGGCGUACUCCACCCAGGGCGUAGCAACCUCCUGGGCCUUGUCGUGGGGAGCCAGCCUCUCAGAGAAUCGCAACCACAAAGAGGAAGUUUCACCAUCACCUACAGUUCUGUAUCAGAGAUGGAGAGCCUUACAAAACUGCUGCCUGUUUGCAAAGAGCAGACGGAGAAUGGCUCCACUGGAAUUAAUCCUCAUUUUUGCUCUUCAGAUUGAAGCAAGCGUCGGUGUUAUCUAUCUUAACUACUCUCCUGGACGCAAUGUCAUUCUGCCCUGUGACGGUGUUUCCUCCUCUGACAGAUUUUGCUCCACAGUUAGCUGGCUUUACAGCAAAGAUCUUUCGGAGACAUCUGACCUGGUUCAGAAUGGAAAUGUUGUGAACAACUCAGCCCAAGCUGCCAGACUGAUUCGGGACACUAAAUGCUCUCUGGUCAUCAACAACAUUACUGCUGAGGAUGCUGGUUUCUACACCUGUCGACAAAGACCUGAACUGGACAUUGUUAUGUAUCUAAAUAUUAUGACAGGACUACGUGGUGGAGGACCAAACGGUCCCCCUGGCGUUGGAGGACCACGCGGUCCUACUGGUGCUGGAGGGCCCACUUAUCUCUACUACACACCUGGAGUCGAUGUCAUUCUGCCCUGCUCAUCCUCUGACAGAGAUUGCUCCAUGGUUAAGUGGCUUUACAACAGAGUUCAAUCUCAGACAUCUCUUGAGGUUCUGAGUGGAAAAGUUGUGACAAAGUCAACCCGAGCUACCAAGCUGAGUCUGGAUACUUACUGUUCUCUGGUCAUCGACAACAUCACUGCUGCGGAUGCUGGUUACUAUACCUGUCGAAAGAGAGAACAUGACACUGGUUUGUUUCUAAGUAUUAUGACAAUCUUUCCAUCUCCACCAGAUGCUGAUCCAAAGAGAGACGGAAAUGUCACAUUAGAGUGUUCUCUGCUGAGAUACAGUCCACUUGGUUGUCGACCGAACAGCAUCCGCUGGGUGGGUGAGACAGGCACUGUGCUGCUUGGUGAAGGUGUCGGAUACGAGAUCAUCGGACAGACAGACUGUGUUUCUGUUCUGACUGUGAAGCGUCAGAGUGGCCACAACAGGAGAUACACCUGCCAGUGGAUGAAUAAGAACAAUAAAGUCCGGAUAGAGGCUCACUACACACCUGUCUUCACAGAAGGGACAAUUGAUGAUCAGUCAGAAAAGUCCAUUACAGGUCCCUCUCUUUACAUCAUCACUGGUGCAGUGGUCGGGGUGAUGAUGGUGGUGGUGGUGGUGGUCGUCAUCACUGCUGUCUUCAUCAAAUUCAAAAAGAGACACACAGUGACAGAAGAUUUUCCAAAAACAGUCAAUCCCCCUGAUCCUCAGGAACCUCAGGAUGAGCCAGAUGGCAGUCUGACCUAUGUCACUGUUAACCAUGGCAGUCUGACCUAUGUCACUGUUAACCAUGCCAAUCAAGAGACAACUUCCAAGAAAAAGGUGAAGGAGGAGGGGGUGACUUAUUCUACAGUCAAGACUACGGUGACGAUGGAAGCAGAUUCCAGCAAGAUCUACAGCUAUGUCAACGAACAAAAAUAAAUGAGAGGAAAGAGGAAGAGGAAAUGAGACUAAUCAUAAUGUAGGUGCAGUCAUAGAACCUGCUGAGUGUUUUCUGUCUGUAAGGGAGCGGACAGUGGGAUCAUCAAACAUUGAGUAGUUGUUUCUAGUUUUUGUUUGACUUGCUUUGCUCGGCAUUAAGAUGAUCAUUCUAUUAAGAUGUUGGCAGAAGAGCUUUGUUAUCCAUUACUUAGCCAGUGUAUGAUUUUAAAUAGAGGAAAUCGGCAGCAUCAUCGCCGCUUAUAACAAGUGAAAUUACAAGUUCUACUGAUGGACUCCGUCUUUUUAGGUAAGCAAAUUGACCACAAAACAACGCGUUAUUUCCAGCAGUUCAGUUUUGCAAGUUGCAGCUAAAAAAAAAUCACCAUAAAUAGUCAAAUGAGUUCUUGUUCUGGGAAAAAAAAAUUUUCGCACUUCUUUUGUGAACAUUCGGUAGCAUCCAAAUAUGCCCCACCUUGGGAUUCAACAUUGUAGGGGGUGGACUGUGAGCCUUUUUUUAUUGCUUUUAUGUUAU